UUUCCAUUUCUCUGACCAUAUGCCUGAGAACGCCUGCAGAGAUGUGAACCGUAGCAUCUGAUUUCUGGACCGAGUAAACGGAGCAUGGGCUGCCAUUCCACCCCAGCACAGUAUGUAGAGUUGCUGAUGUUCCCCUGCACCGAUAAUCAACUACUCAGAAGGCGACUGCACUAAAUUCCCAGCACACCACUGGCUUCUUCAAGUUCGCAAUGCAUCCCUGGCCUGGAGACACGGAAGGCAUAACCACGCGCAUCACGCUACCACCAUGGCUCUUCUUGUCCUAGUACUGACCACGGUGGCUUUCUCGCUGCUGCUGCCCGGCACGGCCGCGCUUGAUCAGCCAGCAAACGCGACCGACGACGACCUCUCGGCGCUGCUGGCCUUCAGGACCAGCGUGCGUGACCCGCGCGGCGUCCUGCGUCGCAGCUGGACGGCACGCACGCCCUUCUGUGGCUGGCUCGGCGUCUCGUGCGACGCCCGUGGGCGGCGUGUGGCCGCGCUGUCGCUCCCCGGCAUGCCACUCGGAGGCGCCAUACCACCGGAGCUUGGCAACCUCUCCUUCAUCUCCCACCUCAACCUCAGCAACACAGGGCUGGCCGGCGUGAUCCCUGCCGAGCUUGGCCGGCUCGCGCGGCUCAGACACCUCGACCUCGACGAGAACCGCCUGUCAGGUACCAUCCCCUCGGCGCUCGGCAACCUCACCGAGCUCCAGUACCUACACAUCGGCUACAAUUCACUCUCCGGGGCCAUUCCCACACAGCUGCGCGCGCUGCGCAACCUCCGGUACAUAAACCUCAACAGCAACGACCUGAGUGGCACCAUACCUAUAGGCCUCUUCAACAACACGCCCAAUUUGAGCGUCAUAUGGUUUGGCAGGAACAGGCUCGCUGGAAGCAUACCUGAAGCCAUUGGCCAUUUGAGGAAGCUUGAAAUCCUUGUCCUGGAACUCAACCUUCUUACUGGCACUGUCCCUGCUGCCAUCUUUAACAUGUCCAUGCUCCGAAUCUUCGGUUUGGGGAACAACAAUCUUUUCGGCUCCCUCCCUGGCAACAAGAGCUUUAGCCUCCCCAUGCUACAAAAACUAGGUCUUUCUUCGAAUCAUUUUACUGGCCCAAUCCAGCCGGCACUGGCCAGAUCCAACAAACUUGAGCUUCUUUCUAUCUCCAUUAAUAACUUCACUGGUCCUGUACCGGCAUGGUUAGCAACAAUGCCUCGGCUUUCUACUAUUCUACUGUCGGCAAAUAACCUCGUCGGUAAGAUCCCGGUUGAGCUAAGCAACCGCACAGACCUUGUCAUGCUUGAUCUUAGUGUCAACCAGCUGGAAGGAGAAAUUCCACCUCAAAUAGGCUAUUUGAGAAACCUCAAUUACUUGAGCUUUUCGACAAACCUCCUAACAGGUAAAAUUCCUGAAUCCAUAGGCAAUAUAUCAAGCAUAAAAACUCUUGAUCUGACACUCAAUGCCUUCACUGGAUCAGUUCCAACCACGUUUGGGAAUGUUCGUAGUCUUACAGGCUUGUAUGUGGAUGGAAACAAGCUUAGCGGGAAGCUAAACUUUAUCCAUGCACUCUCCAACUGCAAGAACCUGAGUACCCUUGGCAUAUCGUCCAAUUCGUUUGCAGGAAGCAUACCUGACUAUUUGGGAAACCUUACUUCACAACUCCAGUACUUCAUAGCAAGUUCUAACAGCCUAACAGGGAGCAUUCCAGAUACAAUUGCAAAUCUUAGCAGCCUUACCACAAUUGAUCUCGACGGAAACCAACUGAGCGGGACCAUCCCUGUAUCCGUCACUACACUGAACAAUCUCCAAGAACUCAACCUUGCCAACAACACCUUGACCGGCGCCAUCCCAGAAGAAAUUUCCAGAUUAACACGCCUAGUACGAUUAUAUCUUGAUAAAAACCAGUUGUCUGGCCCGAUACCGAGCACUAUGGGUAAUCUAAGUGAGCUGCAGUACAUGACAUCUUCUCUUAACUCACUGUCUUCGACCAUACCCUUCAGUCUCUGGCGCCUCUCAAAGCUCAUCAGUCUUAAUCUGGCAUACAACAUGCUGACUGGUCCACUGCCGAGAGAUGUUAGCCAAGUAAAACAAAUUGCUCAAAUGGAUCUUUCAAGCAAUCUUAUGACCGGUGGCUUACCGGAUUCCUUGGGCAGGCUCCAGAUGCUCACCUACCUGAACCUGUCAAACAAUUCAUUCCAGGAACAAAUCCCAAACUCAUUUGGAGAGCUAGUCAGCAUAGAGACCAUGGACCUAUCAUACAAUUCCCUUCGGGGUACCAUACCAAAGUCACUGGCCAAUCUGACCUUCCUCACUAGCCUGAACCUCUCUUUCAAUAAACUAGAUGGUCCGAUACCGGAUAGAGGAAUUUUCUCAAACAUCACACUUCAGUCUUUGAGAGGAAACGAUGCUCUCUGUGGCCUCUCACGUCUAGGCAUUUCACCCUGCCAGAGCCAUCAUAAAUCACCGGAAUCGUUGAUAAAAAUUAUACUUCCUGUAGCCGGGGGAGUUGCAAUUUUGGCUACCUGCUUGUGCAUAUUAAUCAGAACAAAGAUCAAGAAGUGCAAAAAGACAUCAGUUCCCUCGGAAUCCAACAUAAUCAACUACCGCUUAAUAUCAUUCCACGAGCUUGUUCGUGCUACAGAAAACUUCAGUGAGGACAAUCUGAUUGGAUCUGGGAACUUUGGCAAAGUCUUCAAGGGACAACUGGAUGACGAAUCAAUUGUUGCAGUAAAGGUGCUCAACAUGCAACAUGAAGGAGCCUCUGUGAGUUUUGAUGCAGAGUGUCGUGCUCUGCGCAUGGCCCGUCACCGGAACCUAGUAAAAAUACUUAGCACUUGCUCCAACUUUGAAUUCAAGGCCCUGGUGCUCCAGUACAUGCCAAAUGGGAGUUUGGAUAGUUGGCUGCACUCAAGCAACAGCCCUCAGGGUUUGGGGUUCCUCAAGAGGUUAGAAAUUAUGCUAGAUGUAGCGAUGGCGAUGGAGUACCUCCACCACCAGCACACCGAGGUUGUUCUUCAUUGUGAUCUGAAGCCUAGCAAUGUAUUGCUGGACGCAGACAUGACUGCGCACAUCGCUGACUUUGGCAUUGCCAAGUUGUUGUUGGGUGAUGAUAACUCCAUUGCGUUAACAAACCUGCCCGGAACAAUCGGCUACAUGGCACCAGAGUAUGGAUCAACUGGUAAAGCAUCACGCAUGAGCGAUGUGUUCAGCUAUGGGAUCAUGAUGCUGGAGGUCUUCACGGGGAAAAGACCCACUAGCCCGCUGUUCGGUGAGGAGCUCAGCUUGCGGCAAUGGGUUACUAAAGCAUUUCCAACCAGGCUUAUAGAUGUUGUCGACAACGAAGUUCUAUCACAAGGAAUCAAGAGUGAUUGCCAUGCUAGCGAUGAAAGCACAUCGAGAGAGCAGUCUAUCAUUCUCAACACAUGCCUUGCAUCUGUAAUAGAGUUGAGUUUACAGUGCUCAUCAACGAUGCCUGAUGAAAGAACCGCAAUGGACAAGGUGGUAGUGAAGCUGAACAAGGUAAAGGUAGAUUACUGCUUGCAAAUGAGGUAGAGGGCGAGUGAAACCACCUUCUGCUAUCAUAUCUCCUAGAACAGAUCAUCUACUUCUUGAGUUAAUGGCAAUAAGAAUAAUAUGCCAGUUAUGUAGUAGAAAUAGAACUGUAACGCGUCAAUUGUAUAACUUGGUGUUGAUAAUCUACUUCUUGAGCUAAGUACAAGGAGAUAAUGUCAUA